AUGCCCCAUCUAGUGGAGCGCCUGCAGGAGCAACUGGCCCUUGAGAAGCAGCGGUCGCAGCGGCUGGCCGAGCGGGAACACGAGUUGGAGGCCCAGCUGCAGGAAGCCCAAUCGCAGGCAACCACCCUGCACGAACGAAGCCAGCGCAUCUGCACUGAGUUGGAGACUAUGCGGCAGGAGAAAAGCAGCCUGGAAGCCAAGUUCUCUGCUGUCGCUGUUCAGCUGGCUGAAUCGGAGGCUGCCAAGCAGCGGCUUUACCGGCAGAAGACACCAGCAAGCGCUGACGAAAGCCAACGGAUUUUGGAACAAAACCACUGGCUGAGGCAGGAAGCAGAUCGUCUGCGCUAUCAGCUGUCACGCACCGUGAAGACCAUGCUUGCCCCACAGCCACGCACCAGUACACCGAAGAAACGGGAAGGCCCCGAAGGUCAGAGCCUACACCAUGCCCCAAAGGCCCCCCCUGGAAUUAGUGUGCACCAGCUGGAGGCACACAUGCAUACAACCUUGCAGAUUACACCUUUGCCUUUGGAUGCGAGUUGUGGCAGCCAUGUCGAUGCAGACCAGUCUUCUCAGGGUCGGGGUGAUGGCCUCAGUGCUGAGCUUGAGCGGUCGCUGCAAGCAGUUGCUCAACAGCCCGAUCGGCUGCGCUCUGAGUCACGGCGUCUGGAACAAGCCCUGGACCUCGAGACCACCACCACCACCACCACCACCAUGGCAAGCAGAGUUGCAUCACCACCUGCCAAGGCAUCGCAUCCUCCGUCGACAUAGUUUGUGCAUGCCUGUCCAGUGGAAGCACACACAACCAACGAGCCGGCGGGCUGUGCCAUGUUCAAAUGUCACCCCAACAUUCUUUUUGGUGGCAGUCAGCUGCGAGACUUCGGAAAGUUUGCACAACGAUAGGCAGCCCAUUCCAGCCAAUCUGCAUUGUGACCCUGUCUAUAAGCUAUCUGGUCUUACGAAGUGGCAACUGAUUACUUUUGUUGGCGACGAGAUAUGCCAGCAUGUUUGCUGCACAACCUUGAAUUUGGCAGCAUUUUGUUGUUUUUGCAGGUGAUGUAAAAUAUGCUACUUCUGUACCCAUUUAACAGCUUUCUGAUGCUUGAAUAUGAGCAUGUACAUAAGUGUAGUGGUGUAUUUUCAUAAAAAAAAGAAUUUUCCAACAUUUCAUGAACAAACUGAUGCUCAUAAUUCAAAAUAAUUCAUCCGUUUGAAAGCUUUCUGUUUCUUGAAUAAGGGCACGAACACAAGUGCAGAUGGUGUAUUUGAAAAAAAAAAGUGAGCAUUCAAUGAACGAACUCAUGCUGAUAAUUCAAAAUGAUUUGUCUGUUUGUGGAAUUAGUUCAUUUUAAAAAUAAAAAUGUUCAACCUUGAAUAAAAUUGUGCAUGUAACUUUUAAUUCAAGCUCUUUGAUUUCUCAACAAUGAAUAUAGCAGGAUUUUAUAAAGCGACAUUUGUUAUUCAAGACCACAUACACUGUAGCAUGUCUUCAUCUCUUUGUUCUAAUGUGCAAGAUUUUCAUGGGAUGUGAAUGUCACUUUGAUCUAUACAAGGAAAAAUUUGUUCCAAAGAAUAAUAAAAGAAUCACUGCCACUG